AUGGGCGCCAUGUUCCGCAGCGAGGAGGUGUGUCUGGUACAGCUCUUCCUACAAUCCGGCUCUGCAUACAACUGUGUCAGCGAGUUGGGGGAGCUGGGCCUGGUGGAGUUCAGAGAUCUAAAUCCCAAUGUGAACGCCUUUCAGAGGAAAUUUGUUGGUGAAGUGAGACGAUGCGAGGAGCUUGAGAAGACAUUUUCAUUCCUAGAGCAGCAGAUCAAUCGAUCCCUGUCCCCUCCUUUAAACGGCCCUCUUCCUCCUCCGUGUCCAACACCUUUGGCUCCUCAGCCCCGCGAGCUCAUCACCAUUGAGGAGGAAAGCGAGAGGCUGGCAAGAGAGCUCCGAGAGGUGUCCAGGAAUAGAGACAGUCUUCGUGCUCAGCUGACCCAGCUGUGCCAGUACAGAGGAGUGCUGACAAGAACACACUCUCUGACUGCCUCGCAGGCACCCCCACCUAUCCUGGAAAGCCAAGGUCUGUUUGACAACCACCGCGAUGUCCGUCUGAGUUUUGUGGCAGGAGUGGUCCACCCUUGGAGGGUUCCUUCAUUUGAGCGCCUGCUCUGGCGAGCGUGCCGCGGUUAUAUAAUUGUGGAUUUUAGAGAAAUGGAGGACCGUCUCGAGCACCCGGACACGGGAGAAAUGGUACAGUGGACGGUUUUCCUUAUUUCGUAUUGGGGCGAUCAGAUAGGACAGAAAGUGAAGAAGAUUUGUGACUGCUUUCGCACACAGACGUUUGUCUAUCCUGAGAACACGGCUGAAAGAGAGGAGAUUCUUCAAGGACUUCAAGGCAGAAUUGAAGAUAUCAAAUCUGUGUUGUCUCAGACCGAGGCCUUCCUGCAGCAGCUGCUCGUGCGGGCGGUGGCCGUGCUGCCCCAGUGGAAGGUGCGCGUCCAGAAAUGCAAGGCGGUCCAAAUGGUCCUUAACCUCUGCAGCCCCUCCGUCACUGACAAGUGCCUGAUCGCUGAGGCGUGGUGCCCUGUCGCCAAGCUUCCCGAGCUGCAGAGCGCUCUGAGAGAAGGAGGGAGUGGCAGUGGAGUUGACUCUUUCUACAACCGCUUGCCAUCAUCUACCUCACCGCCUACCCUGUUCCCGCUCAACUCUUUCACCGCCGGUUUCCAGAACAUUGUGGAUGCCUACGGAGUGGCCAGUUACCGGGAAGUCAAUCCGGCCGUAUACACCAUAAUUACAUUCCCCUUCCUGUUUGCUGUCAUGUUUGGGGAUGUGGGUCAUGGUAUCCUGAUGGCCCUGGCUGGCCUUUGGAUGGUUCUUGAGGAGAAGGACCCCAAACUGAGAAGCAACAAUAAUGAGAUCUGGAAGAUGAUGUUCGGUGGUCGGUAUCUGAUUCUUUUGAUGGGCCUGUUCUCCAUCUACACAGGAGCAAUCUACAAUGAGUGCUUCAGCCGGGGCCUCAACACUUUCAGCUCAGGGUGGCAUGUCGGCCCAAUGUUUGAAAAAAACAUUUGGAACUCGUCGGUCCUGGCAGGGAACAAGUUUUUGUCUAUGGAUCCGGUCGUGCCUGGUGUCUUCACGACUCCUUACCCGUUUGGCAUUGACCCGAUUUGGGGUUUGGCCAAUAACAAACUCACCUUUCUCAACUCGUACAAGAUGAAGAUGUCUGUUAUCAUCGGCAUCAUCCACAUGACUUUUGGAGUCUGUUUGUCAUUUUUCAACUAUGUGCACUUUGGCAAAUUGAGCAGCGUGUUCCUUGUACUGAUCCCAGAGCUGUUCUUCAUGUUGUGUCUGUUCGGAUACCUGGUGUUUAUGGUGGUCUUCAAGUGGAUCGCCUACACUCCCGCAGAGUCCAAAAUCGCUCCCAGUAUACUCAUUCAUUUUAUAGACAUGUUCCUCUUCGCGGAAAAUGCAGACAAUCCACCUCUAUAUACAGGACAGGGUAUUGUACAGAAAGUACUGGUUGUGCUGGCGCUAUGCUCCGUUCCCGUCCUCCUGCUUGGGAAACCACUGUUCGAAUACAUCACACACAAGGGGAGAAGUCGCGAGCUGGUAAAAGAAAGACGCCCGCUGGUGGCCGACGAAGGCUCCAUUAACUCCCGGGAGGUGGACCGAGAUUCCGCUGAGCCGGAGGUUGAUUUUGAUGCUGCCGACGUGUUCAUGCAUCAGGCCAUUCACACUAUUGAGUACUGCCUGGGCUGCAUCUCAAACACCGCCUCCUACCUUCGACUUUGGGCUCUAAGUCUGGCGCACGCACAGUUGUCAGAGGUGUUGUGGGUCAUGGUGAUGCGCGUGGCCCUAAGGUGGCAGGGCUACGUGGGCUCCGCAGUUCUCUUUGUGGUCUUUAGCUUCUUCGCUGUGUUGACCAUCUCCAUCCUGCUGGUUAUGGAGGGACUCUCAGCUUUCUUGCACGCACUCCGUCUACACUGGGUGGAGUUCCAGAACAAAUUCUACAGUGGUUCAGGCUACAAGCUGCACCCUUUCUCUUUCACGUCUCUCAUCAAUGCAUCAGCAGCCAUAUGA